CAAGUAAAAACAAUAUUCAAGAUACCCGUCGUUGCAUUAUCCAUUGUCUUGUGGAAAAGAAUUAUACAUAAAGAUACUUCCAUGCUAAAAGAUCAACCACCCCGUGUUUAUAGUGCAAGCUUUUAUCAUAUAUGCUCACUUUUGUUCAUUAUCAGUUUUGUCAUUUCACUUGCUAUUUUGGUAGGUGCAGUCAGUAGUGCAACAGUCACGAGCUCGCCUAUGUUGAUCCAAGCAGCAUUGUUUGUGUUUGUGCUCUCCAUAAAUCUUUACCUGAUUGCAAGGCAACGAUGUUACUAUAUGGAACGAAGAAAGUUAUUUGGUGAGACAGAUGAACAUAUCAAUGCUGUCUAUGAAACCAGAUUUUCGGAUUGGGACAAAUCUAUGUGGUCCAACUGGAUUCAAAUCACAAUUCUAGUGAUAGAGUUUUUUCAGUUAAUGACAUUUCCUUUAAGAGAUCUGAUUACGGUGACACAUGCAAGUCAAGAUCAAGCCCAGUCGUCUCAAUUGGCCUCUUUUAUACUAAAUGUAGGUGGCCUUAUGCCUGAUAUGCGCACGCCUACUUGGUACACAUAUUCACUAUGGACGACUUUUGCAACAAUCAUGUUUAGUCUAGUUCUAGGUGUCACUGUUCAUGCUAUCAACUAUAGAUACCCAUACAAGAUCUCUACUCGAUGGGUGAGAUGGUGCAUUCCUGUUGCUACUUUACUCUAUAUACCCAUAUUGACAAACUUUGUGAGUUCAGCAGCUUGUCAGUCACUAAAUAUACCAUCCAACGAUUUUAGCUCAACACUUCGCUGUAAUUCAUCCAACAUUUCUCGACCUCUUUACUUCUGGCUCUCUCUUUUUGGCUACAUUGUUGCUUAUUUCCUACUGACAGUCUUCCUUACAAGUUAUGAACGGGUACCCAACAAAAACGAAAUUGCAUUCAAGUCCAUCAGUGUUGCAUUCAUCAAAAACAUGGGU